AUGGCAAAAACUGAGCAGGGCAAUGGGCUUCACAUGCGGGGCACCGCGGAGAAGCUGACAGAUAAUGGGAAAGGGUCCGACCCAGAGGCAAACGGCAAUGUUGUCGUCGGGCAGACAGAGGUGGACAAGUACGGAUUCUCAGGUGGAGCACAGCAGCACUCCGGGGAGAAUGCUGAAGAAGUCCCCAUCCAGGUGCUGAGGGAGCGGGAGGCAAAAUGGCUGGAGAUGCUCAACAGCUGGGACAAGUGGAUGGCCAAAAAACACAAGAAGGUGAAAGAACGUUGUCAGAAGGGGAUCCCUCCAUCCCUGCGUGGCCGGGCCUGGCUCUUCCUCACUGGGGGCAAAGUGAGGAGGGAGCAAAAUCAGGGCAAAUUCCUGGAGUUGGACAACCAGCCAGGAGAUCCUAAGUGGGUAGAUAUUAUUGAGAGGGACCUCCAUCGACAGUUCCCCUUCCAUGAAAUGUUCGCAGCAAGAGGAGGUCACGGGCAGCAGGACCUGUUCCGCGUGCUCAAGGCUUACACUCUGCAUCGUCCGGAAGAGGGUUAUUGUCAGGCUCAGGCUCCAAUCGCUGCUGUACUCCUGAUGCAUAUGCCAGCAGAGGAUGCAUUCUGGGUUCUUGUCCAGAUUUGUGAGAAGUACCUUCCUGGGUACUACAGUACAGGGCUGGAGGCGAUCCAGCUGGACGGGGAGAUCCUGUACGCUCUGCUGCGGCGGGUGUCUCCAGUGGCCCACCGGCACCUGAAGAAGCACAAGCUGGAGCCCAUCCUGUACAUGACCGAGUGGUUCAUGUGUGCCUUCUCUCGGACUCUGCCGUGGGCAUCGGUGCUGCGUGUCUGGGACAUGUUCCUUUGUGAGGGAGUGAAGAUCCUCUUCAGAGUUGGCCUGGUUCUCCUGAAGUGCACGCUCGGAUCUCAAGAGAAACUGAAGGCUUGUCAAGGCCUCUAUGAAACGAUGGAGCUGCUCCGAGCAAUACAGCCACAGUACAUUCAAGAAAGUUUCCUGGUGCAUGAGGUUAUUGAGUUAGUGGUGUCUGAGAAAGACAUUGAGAAGGAGCACAAUGCUCAGCUGCGGCGCUGGAAGGAGUCUCACGGAGAUCUACAUUGCAAGUCCCCUCCCAGGAUGCACGGCGCCAAGGCCAUCAUGGCCGCCGAUCCACCGAGCCGUCAGGACCUGAGACAGAGGCCUACGAUCAUCGUAGAGUCUCCUCUGGCACCCAAGACAGAUGGGGUGAGCGCAGACAGCGGCAAGCAAAGUAGAAUGACUCAAGAGGGAAAACAGACGGAAACGAUCCUUCCGCCACAGGAGACUGUUAACAAUCCUUACCUUUCACCAAGUGACCCCUCACCUCUCCUCAAACACAUGACCAUACAGGGGUCCAAAGAGAGUCUGAGCAGUGCAGAGCAUGACACUUACCUGUAGCAGGGCGAGUGUCACAGUUUACACACAUAAAUCAUUAAAAUUCUGCUGUGACACUCAUCACAGUCUUCAGCCUCACAUGUCACGACUGUCAGUGACAUGACAGCCCUUUCUGUGAUAAAGAGCUAACUAUAUUGUCAUAACUGUGACAUUAGGUAAAAAGUUUUACAAUCAAGACAAUCCAGGAAAAGUAAUGGGAUUUAAAACUCAUCUCAAACAUUUGUAAAGGUAAUCACAUCGUCAAACCUGGCACAAGAAAUGCCUGUGACUACCAAGCAUUCGCCGUUAUACUCAACACAUUUUCAGUGUCAUAUAAUUUACACAGGUUGUUGUUGUUGUUAACUGCGGCUUUAAUGAAGUAGUACAGUCGUGGAAGUCUCACAUAAUGGUUUAGUGACUGUUUCAAAUAUAAUGGAAAUGUGUAAUUUCCUGGGAGCAACACCAGAUGGCGACAUUGUUCACCUCAUGACUGAACAUGUCGGGAACAGCUACUGUUGAUAUUUACCUCCUAAACGCAGUGCUCAGCUUUCUUUUCCUCAGCUAUAAAUGAAGUCUGAAUUGAUGAGGUCAUCUCAAGCACUUUUGCCUUUAUAGUCUUCCUCUUUGCCUGCAUUAGUCACUACAUUGCCAACACAGAGAUUCGCGGUUAUACUGCUUUUCUAGACUACGUCACUAGUACUAAUAUGCAGGCACGUGGUCUAUCAGUGUGUCUUUUAAACGCAGUCUUGUGGCAGUUAUGCUGCAUCUAUUAGCUUGUCUAUGCUCAUGUUGAACACUUGAGGGCGUCCUGAGAUCAUCUCUAAGCCACAGCAGUGGCCAGCAGUAAAACUGACACAAGCUUUGUGACUCUAAGAUGAAGGAAAACGGUGUGCAGGGAAAUUUUGUGCCACUAAGCCAAAGAUUUUUAAUGCAUGUAGUUAAUGUAUAUGUCAUCCAAGCAAGUUUAUACAGUCAUAUUGUGAUGAAGUGAUUGUCCGUUUGGGAGAGCAUUACGUUUAUAUUUAUGUCAUGAAUGAGAUAUGGUAAAAAUGCCAUUUUGAAGGAAGCUAAUAUGAAAUUGUUUUAUUCUGUUUAUGUCUUUACAAUCAUGCUUGAAGGCUUGUGGGGCCUAAACUUAAAGAUAUCUAAUUUUACGAUAAAAUGCAAACCAUUGGGAGAUUUUUUUUGUCUGCAACACACAGAAUCUAAACACUCAACAAGUUUUUAUUCCCAGUUUUUGAUUUUCUUUUUUUUUUUUAUUAAGAAACCAAGCUGAAAUGCGAUGAAAUGAGAACCAGGGUUUUUCUUCUGAAAACUGCUCUGAUUAAGCUUUAAAAGUCAAAACUAUAAAAGAAUCAUGGGGUCCAAGUAAUGUACCAAUAGCAUCUUCAGCUGUUCUUUUCUAAGGGCAUGUUUAGCUCAAAAUGAACUGAAACAGUGAGUCUCUUUGAAGCAUAUGACCCUACAGGAUUUUCUUUCUCAUGCAAAAAGAUUUUGGAAAAAUAUAAAAGGUCAAGGAAGCCACAAAUCUUUGAUAAUGACCAAACUGUAUUUGUUGAUACUUGUUUUUAUCUGAGAUGUUUUCAAUGAAGAAAUAAGGAAUUCUUAACAUCUAACACUGAAAGCCCUGGACACUCCUCUACCAGCUCUUACAUGUGUGACUCUACAUCAGAUUAUAUGCUGUCAAAGGUUUUCUUAAAAAUGGAAAAUGGUAGUGGGUAUGUGUUGAUUUUAAACACUGUGGAGAUAUUCAUUUUUAAAAAUGUGCUACGGGUUUAUAGUUUUCUGUGUAUUAGGAGGCACUGUUUACCUGCCUGUUUAUUAUUAGAUUUUAAACAUUUUCUGUAGUCAGACCACAGAUCACGUUUAACCACCGUGAAAUGUAUUGGUUGAGCUUUCAUGCUUUCAUGUAGAUGGAGCCACUGAGCUUCAACCAGGGACCGAAUGACUAGUUGCUCAGUCGUUCUGAAGGAUACAUGAGGCAUCUGAAAUGUAAUGUUGACCUGAAAGGAUGUAUUUUUUAAGUACAUUCCAUUUGGACAGUGCUCCUUAAUAAGAAUCAUUGGAACUGUUAUGAUUAAAGAGAUCACUGAUUGAGCCUGGGGCUUGUAAAUCUGCAACCUGCUGUUUCUGUCAAUAUGUAGGACUUUAUUUCUAUGUGCUCAUUUUAUUUGAAAUCAACUUCUCAAAUCCAUAAGCUGCUUUAUACCGAAUUACAUUUAAAUCAAUAAAAACUUUUGCAGAUCUGU